AUGUUUAGCCGUUUACCCAAUCUUACAACGGAAUACAUAAAACCAGAUUGGCUUCGAUACAGGACUAUUCUUGCACCUACAAAUGCAGCUGUCAACACUCUUAACUACGACUUACUCAGUCAGCUACCUUCUCAAGAACGUUGUCACAGAUCAGUUGACACAGUUACAGACCUUGAUCAGGUUACAAUUUCCAACAGAAUUUCUCAACUCCCAAGAUCCUCCAGGGCUCCCUCCCCUGAACUUCACUUAAAAGUCGGUUGCCCUGUCAUCCUCCUACGCAAUCUAAACGCACCCACACUAUGCAAUGGAACUCGCAUUGUGGUCAAACAAAUGACGGACCACCACAUUGAAGCUCAAGUUAUCACAGGACACGGCAAAAACGAUACCGUUUUCAUUCCGAAAAUUCCGCUAACCCCAACAGACUGCCCCUACACUAUGUAG